AUGGCUAUGUCGUCGGUAAGCAUCGUGCCCAACCCAGCUCUAGCCUCUCACCCGACUGCCCACUUACACGGCCCCACAGCCGCAGCCGUUCUGGCCGAGUCCCUCAAGGCGACCGGCACGACGAUCCCGCGAUGCGUGAUAGUCACCCCCGAGGCCAUGUCCGAGAAGUCCAUCGCCAAGCUCCGCGCCGUCUUUGACCACGUCAUCCCCGUCUCGGCCAUGACGGCGCUGUCCACCUCGAACCUCGACAUCAUCGGCCGCCCGGACCUGCACGCCACCAUGACCAAGAUCCAGCUCUGGUCGCUCACGCAGUUCCGCAGGGUGCUGUACCUCGACGCCGACACGCUCGUCAUGUCGAACCUCGACCACCUCUUUGACCUGCCCGAGGCCAUCUACUUCGCCGCCGCCCCCGAGAUCGGGUUCCCCGACUGCUUCAACAGCGGCGUCAUGCUCCUGCGGCCCGACACGGCGACGUACAACGAGCUGACGAGGUUCGCGUCACGGGUGGACUCGUUUGACGGCGGCGACCAGGGCCUGCUCAACGUCUUCUUCGGCGACGGGACGCGGAACCACCCGUCGACGCUGCUCAUCAAAAACCGCCGGGCCAAAGCCGUCGGUGACGAGGAUCGCGCCGAGGGCGGCGGCGGCGGCGUCGAGCGCAACUGGUUCCGGCUCAGCUUCACCUACAACAUGGAGAUGCACAGGGUGUACCGGUUCUACAUCCCCGCGGCGCUGCGCUACAAGGACGAGCACAAGAUCCUGCACUUCAUCGGCAAGGACAAGCCGUGGCACUACGAGGGGGGCAAGGUGGACAUGCCGGACGACGCGGGGGCCUAUCAACACUUCUACGCCGACAUGGUGGGCAAGUGGUGGGAGACCAGGAGGUCGAUAGCGGCGGCGCUUUGA